CCAAGGGCAACAACAUCAAUAACCCAUAAAAAAAAUCCAUUGAUCACCAUGGCAAGGUCAUUUGUUGUUGUUGUCCUCUUUGUCUCAGUUUUGUGCUUCUCCUCUGCAUUGGCUCGCAAAAUAUCUAAAAAAUUCUAUGUUGAAGGCAAGAUUUAUUGUGAUCCUUGCCACUUUACAUUUGAGUCUAGACUCAGCUUCCCUUUGCCAGGUGUGAAUGUGACUCUGGAAUGCAUCAACGAAUAUAAUAACACAAUGACUUAUAUGAAGAAUAGCACAACUGAUGCAAUUGGCUUGUAUCGCAUCUCUGUUCAUGGUGAUCAUGAGGAUAACAUAUGUGUGGUGGUUGCAAACUCACCAAAUGAGGGACGAUGCAAAGAGGCAAUGCCAAACAAGUCCGAUAGGAUCAUCCUCACUAAUAACAUGGGUGCUGCCUCUAGGGCACGCUAUGUCAACCCCCUUGGGUUCAUGACACAGACAAUUGAUUCCGAAUGCAACGUUAUUGUUCACGAAUUAGGACUUGACAACCUUUUUGACUAAGUGGAAGACAAAAAUUUAUUAAACUCUAUCCACAAGACAAAAAAUGUAUCAUUUGGAUCAAUUGUGUUGUAUCAUUUUGAUUGACCAUUAUCCAUGAUGUUUGUUGUUUGCAAACACAAUAUUAUUGAAAUAAAUCAUAUUGGGAGUUUGGUACA